AUGGCAUCUGAGUCAACAAAAAGAAGAAUAAAAAGAAAUUCACAGCAGCUGAAAAUACUAAUUGGGAGUGCAUUAGUAUUGAGUAUCUGUGCAGUACUUGGGAAUGGAAUAUUUAGAAAGAGUUUGGUAAGUGGACCCUUAGUGGUUACUGUAGUAUUUGAGUCUCUGGUGCUAGGAAUUCUUGCAUACUUAGUGCACCCGAAGUACAUUAAAACAAGCAAGGGCCUUGAAAUAAUGGAGAGUGGAAUAGAUUUGCAGAGUAGAGGGAUAAUUCGGGUUAUAAUAGAUAUUCUAUAUACAUUCUAUGGUAUAAAGGUAUCUAGUGUAUUCUUUGGGUGCAAAGCAUUUAUUCUUAUGCUAAUUAUUCCAGUCACAGCAUACUAUGAGCUAUUUAGGCGCAUGAAUGUAAAGACAAAGACACAAUAA